AUGAUUCGGUCGCUCCUUAAUCGGCGCCAAGUGCACCUGUUCUGCUCUGUCUCUAUCUUUUCUAUCUGCCUUUUCACAUAUUAUUUCCUUGUCACAUCCGAUGCCAGACGCUCGACGCGGAUAUCCAAACUCCAACCAGCCGCACAUACACAUACUCCUCACACACCGACCGACUAUGCGGCUCCGACAUCCGAAUCGAUAUGGUGUCAGGAACGCUUCGGCCUGCGCUACCUCGACAAUCUGCGUAAUUUCUCAGGCUCCUAUUGCAAGCCCGAAGCAACAUCGUCGCUGAAUUGCUUUUGGUCCGAGACCGCGAAGGACCGCCUCGACACUACCUGUUAUGCGAGGGGGGCGGUCUUUGACCCUGAGCGGAAGGUUUUUCACAUCGACUGUCCUCUGCGUGCGUCCGAGGACAACGCCCACGGGCUCCCUCGCGUACCGGAAGACAUGCACGCAUACUGGUAUGACACUGGUCCGCUGCAGAUACUCAACAAGUGCCUCCUCCUAGACGGCGGCGCCGCCCCGAGACCGGAUUCCGAGCGAAUUACAAUCCUUGUCAAGCGGGAAGGCACGAGCAACCUGUGGCAUUCGCUCAUGGAGAUUAUGAGCCUCUCCUGGAGCCUCGACUCGUUGCAGAUGUCAUCAACAGAAACGGGCGCCGCUUACCUGUCUCCGAGCCAUAUGAACUCUACCCAGAUUGUUCUAAUCGAUGACCUUGACUCUGGGCCAUACAUUGAACUGUGGCGUCUCUUCGCCCAGAUGCCCAUCCGGCGCUUGUCCGAGCUUGAUGCCGAGGAGCCGCCAAGCAACAUAGUUGUCCCUCUGGUUGGUGGCAGCAACCCACUCUGGCAGGGCGACUGGCAAGAACUGGCGUGCACCGAGGCUCCUCUCGUUAGUACAUUUGUUCGCCGCGUCCUGGACCUUUACAAAAUUUCCGACGCAGAUGGUGAUGCUGUCAGCACCGGUGGCACCGACGCAGACAUCGUCGUGACUUUUGUUGAUCGUAAAGGCGCCCGUGAGCUAGUGGACCAAGAUUCCCACCUCGAAAGGCUCAGAGCAGCUGUCCCGCACAUGAAGCUGACCGUCGUUGACUUUGCUUCUAUGCCGCUGCACCAACAGGUCCAGGUAGCACACCAGACUGACGUGUUGCUCGGGGUUCAUGGCGCGGGCCUGACACACUCCAUGUUCAUGAAACCUGGCGCGGUGCUGAUAGAAAUACUACCGGCUGAUUUCACACAUAAGGGUUUUCGAAAUCUAGCCCAGAUGCUAGGCCAUAGGUACUUUCGUACUCAUGCGCAGCGAGUGGCUUCCAAAAGCAAGCGUGAUUGGCAGCAAGACCCAGUUCAGAUUGACCAAGAGCGCCUGAUCACUGCUGUCAGGGCCGGUGUACAAGCCAUGUAUUCAAGAGGGGGUAGGAGUUACGAUGUAUCAUAA